CAACUCAAAGAUAUCCUUAGAUGGUGUAUUUCGCGGGAUUGUGGGAUGUAGUGUAUACCAUACAAUGCAGUAAUUUUUUUUACUGUAUCUACAAUUAACGUGUAAUAUCAGGAUGAAACAUUUGCUGCCUUAUUUUCGUAUAAAAAAAACCUGAUAGCAAAUUUUUCAGAAGAGAAAACACGGUGUUGAAAAGAUCUUUCCAAUUAUAAAAGGUCGUGAAUAAAGCCUCCCAUGACGUCUUCAUAAAAAAAAACAAUUAAGGAUGAGCCUAAGCCUGUCUCAACUACGUAGACGUCACAUACUCCUCGCUCUUCUGCUUGUCUUCCUACCUUGUACCUUUUUCAUAUUGCUUUCCUCACCAGAUAUGAGCGGAGAAGAAGUGUUAGUGGAGAGGUUGGCGGAGUUGCAACUCCGGCUUCAGCACCUAGAUGCCAUGUACAGAGCGAGGGAAGAGAAUGUCCAAAUCCUCUCUCAGCAUUUGUCCCAGCUGCUGACCGAUUCGUACAACAUCAGCGGAAUCCCUCCUGAAGCGAGAUACCUCAUCGGAAACACAACAGGCAAUGUACAUCCGCUGAGGCUACCAUCUGCUUAUCACUUCCUUCCACAUUUGCUCCUCAACCCUGCCAGUCUACGACCAGCGUACUCCCUCUCAAAAGGUCGCAAUGGGGUUUCUGUUAUUAUGGGAGUCCCUACUGUCAAACGAGAGGUACAAAGUUAUCUUUUAUCGACAUUGCAAAAUCUAAUUCAAAGCAUGAGCAAGGCUGAACAAGACGAUGCCAUCAUCGUCGUCCUUAUUGCGGAGACAGACGAGGAGUACGUUUUGCAGGUGGCAACAGAACUCAAAGAGCACUUUGAGAUUGAGCUUCACAGUGGAUUGCUUGAGGUGAUCGCACCCCCUCUGUCGUAUUACCCAGACAUGAACAAGCUGAGGACAACUCUGGGCGAUGCUCCAGAAAGAGUCAGAUGGAGGACAAAACAGAACCUGGACUUUGCUUUUCUCAUGAUGUACGCUCAGCCCAAAGCGAUGUUCUACAUCCAACUGGAGGAUGACAUUCUCGCCAAGCCCCACUUUGUAACAACAAUGAAAAGUGUCGCUCUGGAGAGGAUCACCAACAAAAAGCCGUGGUUCGUCCUCGACUUUUGCCAGUUAGGGUUUAUCGGUAAAAUGUUUAGGUGUGUUGAGUUACCAUGGCUCAUUCAAUUCUUUUUCAUGUUCUACAAUGAUAAACCAGUCGACUGGCUUUUAGAUCAUUUAAUUCAUACAAAAAGCUGCAACCUGGACAAAGAUACGAAACACUGCAAAAAAGCUAAAGACGAACUGUGGAUCCACUACAAACCUUCUUUAUUCCAGCACAUUGGCACUCAUUCGUCGCUCAAGGGAAAAGUACAGAAAUUAAAGGAUAAACAAUUUGGGAAAGUUAGAUUAUAUUCUCCACACAGCAAUCCAGAAGCAAAUGUUAUUUCUGAGAUUAAAGCCUACAAGCAAUAUACGCUGAAACGGGCUUAUCUUGGAGAGAGUUUCUUCUGGGGCCUGCUCCCACAGCCGGGUGAUCACUUGUUCUUCAAAUUCAACAAUCCUAUUAAUAUAAAAAGGUAUAUGUUCAGGAGCGGGAACCUCGAGCAUCCUCUUGACAGAUUUUACAAUACAACAGUUGAAGUUCUUCCUUUAGCCUCGCCUACUGUGAACUACGAUACGUACAACUUAACUACUGAUGGAUUCAUCGUUAUCGGCAAGUUUGACAACAUGGGACUUGCAGAGGGGAAGAUGGAUCCCAGGCUCGGACCUUUAAAAGAAAUUAGGCUUACAGUCCAUAGCGAAAGUGUAAAUUGGGCCAUCUUGAGUGAGAUACUGAUAGAACCUGAGCAGAGCAGAUGACAAACAAGUGAGGGUCCGGUGUUGAGGCUUUGACAUCUUCCCGACAACAGGACCUCAGUCUCUUAGCACCCAUGUGCCCACCACAUAUACACUUCGGUUAAUCGUAAACCUAAAGAGAGCGAUUUUCAUUCCUCUCGACGGUUUUCGGCCUGGCGACGACUGACAAGUAGUUUUCUACGGGCCAAUACCUAUAAAUAGGAUUUCAACACGAUAGUUAUGAGGGUGAAACAUUUAUAUAUUUGUAUAAAAUAUAUAUUUUUACUAAUUUAAAGCCAAACCAAGUUGCCAUUAUAGUAUAGUAAAUGAACUUUAUCAAUUUCCACGUCGGUUUAAAACGUGAUACAUUAAUGUUAUAUUUGAUUUAUUUAAUAUGUAUGUUGUGCUGUGAAUAUGAUGACUUGUACAAAAGUUGGGAUUCUAUAAACAAAAUCAAAUUUUUAAUAGCUCUAAUUUGUAUUAUAUAAACGAUUUGUUGUUUUGGUUUUAUAUUUAUUAUUUACUUAUUACAAAAGGGCGUGAGAGAAUGCUCAAUAGUCAUUAAAUACGCUUAACAGUAUAACUCAACUUUAUACUCGUGAGUUGGAAAUUAACUGUUUUAUUAUAUGCAUUUACAUCUUGGAAAGUUUUAAUCGAUAAUU